AUGGGAAGCCGUAACAUCGAGUGUCGUAAAUUUUCACCGAACAUCUUCAACAAGAGCAAAUGCACGCACUGUUUCCGCCAGCGGGAGGAGCAUAGUGCGGCCGCGCUGGAAUGCAAUCGGGCAACGCGAAAGGUGUCAAAACGUGGAUAUUUAUUCGUCGCCCCCUGGGACUGGGACUUUAGCAAUCCGGUCUACAGAACAAAGCGAUGGCAGCGAAGGUGGUUCGUGCUGUACGACGACGGGGAGCUCACUUAUUCGGUGGAUGAACAUCCCGAAACGAUUCCACAGGCCAUAAUCGACAUGACGAAGGUCCUGGAGGUGACCACAGCCGACAACAUCACCAGCCACCCGCACUCGAUCGCCAUCACCGCACCGGAUCGUGUAACCUUCGUGAAGGGUACCUGCCCGGAGGAGUCGAAAUGGUGGUUCAACGUGCUGGUAGCCUUUCCCAAAUCCAAGGGUCGUCACAAGCGGAAUGCAACGUUCCCCGGCGGACAGGCGACCACGAUUCUGCAGGCUCAAAUGUACAACGAAGCACAGUCGGCUAUUUCGGCCAAGAGCAACACUCCCCCUGCACGAGACAAGCUGACACUGCAGCUCGAUAGCGGUAAAGCCCAGACGCGACUCCGGACCCGCCAUCGUUCAUCGGUCGACGUCAGUGAUUCAGGUGAGCCAGACGACAUUGACUCUGGGAUCGAUUCGCACAUCGAAUCUGGCGCAGGUAAAUCCAAAUGUUUGCUGCUGGACAGUGGUGGUAGCAUCAGCGGUGCGGAGUUACGAUCGAGGGACGAACUAAAGCUGAAGGAUAUCGCCAACACGAUCACGAACGUGAACCGCUGGAGCAGCCCCUGCAUCACGGACAGCCUGUCACUCACGGCGGACCACCACGAGAAGGCGACCAGCCCGCGGGACGAGAACACGAUCCCACCGCAGUACACGAAUGGCGGCAGCGGUGGCGGUGGUGUCCCUGGUGGAGGUGGCGGAGGAGGUGGAGGGGGAGGUACCGGAGGGACCAGUGUCGGUGGUACGCCGUUACAGAUGCGACCCCACUCGCUCACCAUACCGUCCAGUGCACCCGCGAUCGUGUCGGCCAUCGUGAAGAAAAUUCCAACCUCGAUCGGCAAGGGUGGACAGGUGCCGCCGCUUGCAUCGUUGCACCUGCCGCCCGCCACCAACGCUAGUCCGAAGCUGAAGCCUAGUCAAACGCACGAACGCGGUGAUCCGGACGGUGACUGCGGUAUGGACGAUGCGCCGGCAAACUAUCUCGGCAAAAACUCGGAACAUCGCGGCCCGGACGCGGAUCUGCUGCAGGCGAAGAAGGGCUGGUUGCUGAAGCAGGACGGACGGGUCGGUGAAUGGAGCAAGCAUUGGUUUACGCUGCGUGGAGCCGCCCUGUUCUACUAUCGCGAUCCGGUCGCAGAAGAGAAGGGUGUGCUGGACGGUGUGCUGGACGUGAAUAGCAUCACCAGCAUUGCCGAGGUGCCUGUCAACAAGGGAUACGGCUUUCAGCUCACGACCUGGGACAACCAUCGUAUCGUGCUGUCCGCGGUAACGAUCAACGUGCGCAACAACUGGAUCAACGUGCUGAAGAACGCUGCCGGGCUGCCCCCGACGAAGGCUAGCCUCGAGCUAAGCAAUCAAAACGACGACAACUUCAAAACGUUACCGGACAAAUCGCCACCCACACCGACCACACCCGGCGCGCUGGAGAUCGAGCUGAUCAGCGACACGAUCGAGCAUAAGCCGAAGAUGAAGCGAAGCAAACUGCUCGAAAAGAACAACAACAGCACGAACGGUCACCUGUUGAUUGAGGGUGUGGUACCGCUGGCGGCAAGCCCGGGCGCUGGCGAGGAUGUCGUGGAUAAGGUGCCGAAAGACGUCGUCGUGCACCUGACGUCGGCACGAGCCAUUACCGAAUCGAACGGUACCAGCACCGGGGACAGUACCACCACCAAUAGCAGUAGCAAUAGCAGUAGUACUAGCAGUAGUUGUAAUCAGCCUCAACCAAAGCAACCGGUGCAGUCGCCCGUCACACCGCUAACGCCCAAAUCGUUGCUGUUCUCGUCGGACGAGGAGUACCGAACAGCGUCGGAAGGUGGCCGGCGUGAUAGUGUCGGCGACUGGGGAUCACCGGUGUCGCCUUCGCCUCCGUCGGUGCCGCUGACCAGUGCGGCAAUGCGUACCAAAGAUAGAGUAAGAAUGACCCCGCCGGCAUCGGCCCAAAGUCAGCAACGGUUGCACAAGCGCAGCCGCUCAUCACCUCCGAGUUCACGGCGUAGCACGAUCGAGAGCGUACCAUCGGAGAUCCUAACACUUCAAUCGGUUCCGGUUCAGAAACCGAUCAAUACCGUACAGGAGGAGGAAGGCAGUGGAUUGGAGAAAGAGCUACAGCUGCGAUUGCAAGCGGCCGAGAAGGAGUUGGCGAUGUUGCGCGAAGAAACUCACGAGCGGGAAGCUCGCAUGUCCGAACUGCUCACGACGCUCGAGCGCACUGAGCAGGAGCUGACCCGCAAACGCGAACUGGAGGAAAACCGCGAAAAGCUAAUGGUGCAGCUACAGGACAGUCGAGCCGCCGGACAGGAGAUAAUCGAUCGGAUCACGCACGAGCUGUCGAAGAGUCGCGAAACAACCAAGGAGCUGGAGGAACGGUUGGCGCGCGGAAUCGAAGAGAACGAAUCACUCUACCGACGGCUGCAGGAGUGUGGCAUCGCGGCACCCGCCAGUCCAGCUUCAAGCCUUUGCAGCUUGGCGAUGACGCGCAUCAAGCGGAUGGACUCGUUUAGCGAUCUAACCUGCCUAACUGCGAUCGACCCAACCCAACUCGACCGGGACAUGCUGGCGGACGAGUACCGAGAGCUAAGGGCACGCUUCGAACGUGCGGUCAGUGAGCUGAAAGCGAUGAAGCGCGAACUGAAAGAUGCACACGGUCUGUACGACGAGCUGGAGAUCGGGUAUGCGACACUGCGCAAAGAACUCGACCGCCAGUCCACCGAACAUGACGCGCAGUCGCGCAUGAUGGCCGACCGCAUCCAGGACAUGACGAACAAAUAUACGGCGGCCGAAAAACAGGUACGGCUGUUGAAGCAGAAAGCAAUCCGGUCCGAGAAGCGACGUUCGCUGUCCUUGAAAGGCAAGGAGUCGCUCUCCAUUCAGAAGGAGCUGGAAGAGAAGGUGUCCGAGCUGGAAAGUAAAAUAGAUGCGCUCGAGAGUGGCAACGUGUUGCCGGUGGCUAAAGCGACCGUAGAAUUGACAGCGCCUGAAGUCACGCAACCGGCACGACGCUCCUCCUCAACAAGACUGCGCCGCAAAAGUCUGGACAGUGCGUCACUGUCGGCCCAACCGAUGCAGGUACUGCUGCGGUUAAACAAUCUCGAGAAGCGUGUCGAGAACGUGCAGCCUGUGGUGCCGGUGAAGCCGGACGUUAGCGAGUGUGAAACGGCCAGUACGUCCAGCUCGGGUAACUCGAAACAGGUACCGGAACAUCUGCUGGAUCGACUGAAGAGCCUCGAGGGCGUUGUGGUGUCGGUGCGUGAGCUGAUCGACCAGAGUGCGCAACAGUUCCAGAGUCUGCGGUCUUCCCGAUCCCGGCGUUCCGUAUCGCCUACUGCCGAUCGGAAGGAUUCGUACAAAUUCAUCGAACGUUGCCUGACGGAGGUGUCGAAGCUGUUGCGCGAAAGCUGCGACAAUUGUGUCGUUCCAGUUGAUGGUCCCGGGUACGGUAGCGUUAUCGUGCUGCCGGAAUCGAACCCGAUUAAGCUAGCGCUCAAUCAACUCGAGGCGCAGCUUAGGAGUAAGUUGGCAGAUCUUCUAAAGCAGCGACGAAUGCUACGCGAAACGAACGGGCUAACCCAGCGCAAGGACAUGGAGCUCCUGGCCGAACGGAUCGCUUUCGAGAGUGUUUGUUUCGGCAGGCUGCGACACGCGUUGGAACGUGCGGAGAAUUUGCAGGAGUUUGAAGAGCGUCAAACUAAGGUUGAGGUGUGCGAAACCAUCCAGCUAAUGUCGAUGCUGAAGGCGAAACUCUCAGGCAAAUGCGUUGUGCGGCCCAGUAGCAGUGCAGACGUUCUGGCGAGUGUUUUAGCUCGUAAACUUAUGCUGUCCGCCGGUCGCACAAGCACGAUUCGGUCGCUAUCCUUCCCACCCAUCGGUACCGCGCUGUUGGACGACCUUUUGCGCCAGCAGAAUGAGGUGCACCUGAUCGCCAAGCGCUACAAAACAACCAUCAUGGAGAACCUCGCGUACGGGCUGGCUGCCGAAACGCUCAGCUAUAUCGCGUCCUCGCACGAAACGGUACAAGGUGCGGUACAGGAAGCCUGGCGUCAGGCACAGGAAGCGGUCAACGCGGAGUUGGUGCAGUCCGAGAUUGCACACAUCAUGAUGCGAAACGCGCAGCGUUACGAAAGCUCCCUAGCACCCGCCUUCGGAUACGCAUUAUCCACCCAGGAGCGCAUUACGUUCGAAACAUUCGCGGACGCCGUACAUGAGGCACUCCGCCGUGAGAUGGAUGCGGCCGUACGGCAACUGACCGAAUGUUACGAGGAAACGCUGGAGAAGAUGAAACGGGGUCAGUGGCGAUUGCAUCUGGAACAGGAGCGAAAACCAAGCGAAGGGCGGCAAUUGCUGGCGGAGUUUGCGGACAUCAUCGCACACAAGGCGCUGAUCGAUGCGCGUGUGCAAGUACUGAAAGGUGACUAUGUCCCGAACAGACAAAAGCUAGCUCAACAAGAAUGUGCCGAAUCGUCGGAUCGUGUGUUCAGUGUGGCUGCUCUGAAGCAGUAUGAGAACCUGUACACUGAUCUCACUGCUGACUUGGAAGUGGCUAACGCUGACGAUAUUCUGGCCGAGGCAGACUUUAACUUCAUGUACAAGUACUUCGCCAGUGAGCACUCACUGAACAAAGCUGAGGUAAAGGAAGUGUCAGCAAUACUGAACGAGCUGGAGAAGUCAGUUGUCGCUUUGCAGGCUUCUUUACACCCGGACAAUGGUAGUGUCAGUGCCGCUAGCGCCAUCGAUGUGGACAGCUUGCGUAGCAUUCAUACACGGUGCGUUGAGAUUCAGCAGCGUAUUGAUUCGUUGAUUACUGCCGCCAAACAGUUGCAAUCACGCAGCGAGCAGUGUGGCCGCCUGCAAGAGCGCUUGAAGCAACUGACCGAAGAGCACGAACGGGAGCUCGGUACGAUCCGGCAACAGCACGAGCAGAAGCUUACCACCCUGCAGCGUCGCAUUGACGAGCAGCAGCAUCGCAUACAAGCGAUCGAUGGUGAGCGAGCCGAACUGCUCGAGCGACUCAACAACGAGCGGAAUCUGCUAAAGCAGAAGGAAAAGGAGCUGCACGAACUGUCCGUCCGCUUGACCCGCAUCGAUGCGGCUAGCAACGAGAAGGAUAAGGAGAUCGAAGAUCUCCUGGACAGCUACGAUCAGGAGUGCAAGAAGGCACGCUCGCUGAAGGAUCGUUGCGAGGAGUUGGCGGACAGUUGCCGUAAAACGGCGGCCGAGUAUGCCGAGCUGGAGAAGGAGCGGGACUAUCUGUACGAGCAGAUGCGCAAAGAGCAGGACCAUGUGAAGAAGUUGGAGAAACAUCUGGAACUGCUGGAGGCGGAACAUGCGCAACAGGUGGACAAUCUGCACGCCGCCUACCGGGAGCAGCAGAUGGCAAACGAGCUGGACUCGCAGAAGGACAAAGACGAUGAGGACAGUUUGCGUUCGCGCUAUCAGGCAGAAAUCGAGCAGUUACGAGCACUCUGUGAGAAGGGACUGGCCGCAAUGGAAGCUUCGCACAAGCGCAUCAUUCACGAUCUGGAGGAAAAGCACCAGCAGGAGAUCGCGAAACUCAUUCUGGAGAAGGAACAAGCGCUGGCCGAAGAAACACAGGCAACACUGGCAGCACUCGACGCCAUGAAGAAAGCGCACCAGAAUGAGGUACAGCGUGAGGUGACGCGCUUCAAGCAGGAGUUUCUCAAGCAGUUCCAAAAGGGUGGCCAACCGCCCCAAACGUACCGCGAGAAGGAGCAAGAGCUAGAAGACGUGCGGCAGGAAAUUCUAUCCCUCUCGGAGAAGUACUCGAUGAAGUGCGUUGAAACGGCCGCGCUCGAGGAAAAGCUUCGUAAUGCGACGCAACAGUUGAAAUGUUCUCAGCAGCACAUUCAACAACUUGAUGUCAGAAAUAAGCAACUUCGAGCACACUUUGUCUCGAACCAGCCGGAAGAAGCAACUUCCGCACCACCGACCAGCAGUGUCGUAACGCCAAAGGAUACCAAUCUGUUCACCAGCAGCACGCAACCAGAAAGUUCACCAAGGGCCACCACGCCUAAACGGACACCACCAACGUUGGGCAAUGGAACGCCCAGCACAGCGGUGAAUGCGCCGACGGCGACGGCGGCAUCGACGAUCGCACCAAUUGCUGCGUCGAUCGAGUCCAACAGUACGCUCGAGCUGCUCGAUCUACGCGAGUGCCAGCAUCUACUGAAUAACAAGAAAGAAUCACAUCCACGGUUGAAGUUCACCGAAGGAGCCAAACUAGGUGUAGCUCCGAUCUUCUCUACCUCCAGCUCGCCCGGCACUGCCCCGACCGGUACGGCGAUCAACGAUUCCGUCAAUCUGGCGAGCAGCACCAACAACAAUCGCGCCAAAGUUCUCAGCUCCAAGCAGCUGAACAUGAACCUGAUCAGCGGCGGGUCCGGCCCAUUGGCCACCGGUCAGCCCGGACCACCGACACCCCACCCAGUGUCCCUCACGCUACCGCUGAUCGCAAGUGCCACGUUCAAGAACAGCAAUCUGCACCGUAACCAGGCGUCCGUUGGCAGCAACAAUGGCAGUAACGGCACCAACACGACCCAUCUCAACAACCUCAACAACAACAACAAUCACCUACACAACAACAACAAUGUUAGUAGUUUAAAUAAUAAUAAUAAUGAUAACGAUAACAUGCACGAGCUUAAGCCAUCGACCAAACUUUGUUCGCCCCCUCCCUUAGAUGAGAGGGACGUUGAACAGCAAAUUCAUCGAUUCGAGUUGGAAAUCUAA